AUGGCGAAUGAGCCCUACGACUACACGCCCGUCGACGUGCUCAAUAUUAUGGAGCCGGGUCAGUCAGAGACGAUUGAUGACCUCCUAGACCGCGGCAAGACGCAACGAGUACAGAUCCUGAUCGGCACGGAGAACCCUCAACGGCUGAGGCAGAUUCCAGCCCGCCCUGAACAACUAAUACUUUGGGACUGGGGUAAAUCCUUCCGCGAGGGAAUGGCAAUCAGUUUCGGGGUGAAUUGGUACGACCGCAACUUCUUCGAGCGUCGUCGUGAUGCAUUCACGGAGCCGAAGCAUGCGGCCUACUACCGCCGCUUUGGCGCGGUUCCAGAGGACUUCGACAUAAAGCACUUCGUUGAAGGUGACCCAGGCUUCGACGAGGAAGUGGUGCACCACCGGGAGCCUCCAGCCAACGCUUUGAUUCCCGUCUCAGAGUAG